AUGGCCUCUCCUCCUCCUUCGAGCUCGUCAAAGUUUCGAGCAGAACCGUUUGUGAAUAUGACCUCGAGCACACUGGACAGUGCUCGGUCCAGCGUUUCGUCCAAUAGCACAGGCGGCGCGCACGCUCGUCCCCUCGGCGCCGCCGUCUCGCUCGUUCCGGACGCACACCGCAGACCAAACCGACGAGCCUCGACUACUGUUCUCGACGAGAGCACUCGGGUUCCAGAUGAACCCCCGAGCCCAUUCACGACCGGCCGUCUCUCAACUUCUUCUGCCUCGGGCACCAGCCACGCCUUUUCAGUAUUUCAGGCUCACACACCAAGUUUUACUGGUCGUGGCUCGGUGGGAACAAUCUCAGACGUUCAGCGCUCGUCCAUCACCUCGACCGUCUCGUCCUCGAGUCGGCGAUCCUCUUACGAGGGCGGUGGCGGACUGGAAAAGAUACACACCGGUCAAGGAAAGAGCAAACGAAAGCCAAUAUCAGUACAGCAAUGGGGAAUGAUGAACACGUUCAAGAUUCGACCCCCGACCGCGCUCGAGGCCAGCGGAAGCGGGCCUUUGUUUCCUCCAACGCCGCCAAGUGUUGCCCCGCAUCAACAGUAUAUACCCUAUGUACCAGAGAAGCUCUAUUGGUCCCCUCGAUCCGAUUCCGCCGACCGACGAGCGCGACCGACCAAUCCACUUUGUCUCGGAACCCUCUAUCGUUCAUCAGCAGCCUUUGUCCUCACCGACAAUCCCGCGUCGAACGUCAGUCGUGUCCCCCAACCUGCCGCCAUCCUCCACUCAGGUCCCAAAACACACUCGGAAACGAGCAAGGAGGCACCGCUGGAUCCUAUAGCGCCAUCUUUCCAUCACGAAGAACUGCCUAGAGGUGAUCCAACGGAAAUGGAAGGAGUUCAGGUCAUACAAUCGCCUCAAACGGCUCCAGUACUACCCACGCUACCAUCUCCAACGACCCAGGCACCCCUGGCGCCGGAACAGCCAAUUGAAGCAAGUACUAAGAGCCCUGUGAUCGCCACUCUACCCCCGCCUCCUUCGACUACGCCGUCCGCUGGGCCGUCGAUGGGUUUGACGACACAGGCUCCCCCAGCAGUCUCGUAUAGUACCAUAACUUCGUCGUUUUCGUAUCAACCAACAAAGUAUGACCUCAACGAGCGAAUCUUUACGCUCCCCGACACAGAUCCACUCGAUCGGGGAGGGCAGCCGCCCAAAAAAUGGAACAUUAUUCACCACAAGUCGCGUACGCUCGCCGGCGGCGAGAUUGCGCUCAAGCGCUGGGUCAGUCAGGGCGAGCUCGCAACGCCCGCGACUCGCCCUGUAGGUUUCAAGCCGGUGCCCUUGGUCCAUUUGUUGCCGAUGGCUCAAGGCGGCUCAAUGGCCGUUGUUCCAAGCGGUGGGACGACUACCUCGACGCCGCUUGCGAAUCCUUUUGUUACAAGUGGCAGUAGUCUUACUGCGCAGCCUUUUCUUCCUCCAGCACCACCGGUAAUACCAGCCUCUACUGGUGUUAAGAGGGUCAAAAAAGUCAAAUCCGAAGCCGACCUCGGUGGUUCAGAGGCGAGCGGCGUGACGACGCCAAAGCGAAAGGCUCCUGGCACGGGUGUGAAAAGGACCAAAAAGGUCACACCGGCAAAGUCAAAGUCGCUUUUCCCCAAAAAACCUGGACAACCUAAUCUCAUCUCGCUCAGCCGCGAACCGUCAGAGGAAGGAGACGCAGAAAUGCUAGACCCAUAG